ACCCACUGGCCAACUUCCCAUGAGCCCUACCCCUGCAUCAUCACCGCGGCAGCCCGGUGCCGGCGCCCGCGCUGGCGUGGCACGGCAUGCCGCGUUCAAGGUCCACAGGGACUCCCACAGUAUACACAAGGCCACCUCGCCGCUCUCCUACUCCUUGUCCUCGAUCAACUCGUCCAUGUCGUCUUCGUCCAACGCCGUAAUCCCCAGCAGCGGCCACCACCGGCCGGCCCCGGCACUGCAGCCGCCAGCGCGGAGGCAGAUGCAGCAGCCACCGCAGCAGCAGAAGCACCAACCGGUAAUCAUCUACACGCACUCGCCUAAGGUGAUCCGCACCAACCCGCGCGACUUCAUGUCCAUCGUGCAGAAGCUGACCGGCCUCGACGGCCCCGGUCACCACGCCCGUGGUGCUGCUGGUGCUGCGCCUGCGCCCCCGGCGGGUCGCAUCAACUCGGGGUCGGUCGUCGUCCCCUCCCCGCAGGACGAGUCGUCUUCGUCUUCGUCCUCGUCCGAGAGCUGCGCCAACACCCACGCCGCAGGGCCGCCUCCCUACGCGGACACGCGGUUGAUGCCGCCGGCCCCGCCGGCCCCUUCGCUGGAUGCGCACUUCAUGGCGCCCGACAUCCCGCUGCUGUUUGCACCCGACGCCGCAGCAUCAGACCCGCAGCACCUCUGCGCGCCAAGGGGUCUCUACGGCCAGUUCCCGCAGGUGGACGCCGCGGCGAUCGGUCCAGUGAUGUCGACGAACAUGAACAGCGCUGCCACCAACGGUGGUGCCGUGUUCUCCCCGUCGAUGGUGGAGACCGUAAGAAUGUUUCCGGGCUAUAAUUAGGCAGGAUUUUUUUUUCUUUAAAAAAUCUACUCCGUGCAUGAAUCAGGCCUCAGGCGAUGAUGCAGCGAUGCAGGAGCCGUUGUUAUGCGAUGCGUGUGCAAUAACCGGAGGUUCAUUUUUGCUUGAUCUUUUUUUUCUUGUUAUGGUUGAUACCGUGAAUGUGUAGCAGUAGAGAAAUCAAAGAGAGGAAGAUGAUAGAUGAGUCAUGCUGCUCCUUGCGACAUCUCAAUACAUGUUGCGAUGGAGGUGAACCUCUAGCCGAGUUAUAUACAUGUCCUACUACUAGUUC